CUAUUGAAAACACCAUCCAUUGGAACGUGCCUACCAUGAUUCAAUAACAGGUAUAAAAUACCUGUUCCAGAAAAUACUAGCCAUCUCUAUCAGGAACAAAAACACAAACAGUGCAUAAAUGAAAUGACAGUUGGAAGGAAAUCAUUAUAAACUUCAUAAGUACACAAUUGUUUAUGAAAUAAUCUAAAAAGUUAAGAGAAGGACCGGUUUUUUAUUCGAAAAGUCACGGGCUUUAGUUUGCUGCAAAUUUUAUCCCUCUUUAGCAGAUAUUUAAGUGCUUUAGAAUCAUGAAUAUUACGAAAAUAUUAAGACCUAUUCAGAAUUUGAAAUUUCCUCAGCGAUUGUUGUCUGCUGUACCAGAAACAUCAGCUGCAAAAAAUAAUGGAGGAUUUCAUUUUGAAUUAAGUUCAGAGCAAAAAGAAAUUCAACAACUCGCUCGGAAAUUUGCAAGGGAAGAAAUUUUACCAAAAGCUGCAGAGCUGGAUAAAACGGGAGAAUAUCCUUAUGAAAUUAUAAAGAAAGCUUUCGAGCUUGGACUAGUAAAUGCUACUGUUCCUCAGAAAUAUGGUGGUACUGGCUUAAGUUUGUUUGAAGGAUGUUUAGCUUCCGAAGAGCUUGCUUAUGCUUGUACUGGGGUAACAACUGCUAUUGAAGCAAAUGAGCUUGCCCAAGCUCCUCUUCUGAUUGGUGGUAGUGAGGAAUUAAAAACUGAGUAUCUGGGACGUGUCACUAAAGAGCCUUUAAUGUGUGCGUAUUGUGUGACUGAACCAGGAACUGGUUCUGAUGUUGCAAAUAUAAAAACCAGGGCAGAGAAAAAAGGUGACAAGUAUAUCCUCAAUGGACAAAAAAUGUGGAUAACCAAUGGUGGUGUUGCUAAUUGGUAUUUUGUAUUGGCUCGCACCAAUCCAGAUCCAAAAUGUUCUGCAAGCAAGGCUAUGACAGGUUUCAUUGUAGAUGCAGAUUCAAAAGGUGUUACCAAAGGUCGAAAAGAGUGGAACAUGGGUCAGAGAGCUUCCAAUACAUGUGGUGUCACAUUUGAAGAUGUUGAAGUUCCAUUAAAAAAUGUUCUGAUGACUGAAGGAGCAGGCUUCAAAAUUGCUAUGGGAGCUUUCGAUAAAACUCGACCUCCAGUUGCUGCAUCAGCCACUGGUCUAGCACAAAGAGCUUUUGAUGAAGCUACAAAGUACAGUUUUGAAAGAAAAACAUUUGGCGUGAAAAUUGCAGAGCACCAAGCAGUACAGUUUAUGCUGGCUGAAAUGGCAAUAGAUAUUGAGCUUGCUAGAAUGGCAUGGAUGCGAGCAGCCUGGCAAACAGAUCGCGGAGAACGCAACACAUACUUCGCUUCAAUUGCCAAAGCUCAUGCUGGAGAUAUUGCAAACAAAUGUGCUGCUAAUGCAGUCCAGAUAUUUGGAGGAAAUGGAUUCAACACUGAAUAUCCUGUCGAAAAAUUGAUGAGAGAUGCAAAAAUAUUUCAGAUCUAUGAAGGUACUUCACAGAUUCAAAGAGUCAUUAUUGCAAGAGAGCACUUCAAUAGGUUCAAACAAUUUAAUUCUUAAUCAGAAAGUAAUAUGAGCUUCUACAGAAAAUGAGCUUCAUAGUGGGUGAAAUUAAGAAAAAGAAUUCAGAUUAAACAUAGUUCAAGUAUUUGAUAAAGUGUAAUUUAUGAAAUAUAUUUUUUAUUUAAUGAGCUUUUUUAUAGUUUUAUUGAUAAUUUUGCAUACUUUGUAAAAAUUAUCUAUUGUACAGUGUUGUUAAUCAAUCUUAACUUUUGAUUUUUAAGCAAUAGUAGCACUUUUUUACUGAAAAUAAGCACACAUUUCAAUAUUCUAUGAAUUGUUUUGGAAAAAUAAAAGUUUUUUUCAUUGAGAAA